GGAUCGUGUACCGUUCCACUGGUGGGGAGUUCAGUGUCCUGCACGCGACAGGCGAUGCGCGAACUAUCCAUUUUAUGCCAAGAUAAGUAGUUGGUAUUGAAUAAGCUACGACUAUAGUAAAAGUUGACGUAUGAAUUUAUGACACUUUCAAAAUUACCUUAAAAUGUCUAACAAUCCAUCUAAUGUAAUAUCAGACAUAGGAUCAACUAGUCUUGUAGUAAAAUCGUUAAAACUUGGAAGUAAACUAACGCCAAACAAAUUUAAAUGCAGCCAGUCUGAGAAUAAAUUAAAAAUCGCCAGUAAGGGGAUCAAAGAAAAAAUAGUGAGUAAAGUUAGGUCUUGGAGCAGUAGAGACAAAUUCCAGUUAAACGAUAACACCGAUGUCGAUACACGUCUUCUGAAAGGUCAAAAAGGGGAAGAUAUAGAAAACGAAUCCAUGGAAAAUAUUGCCGAUUCGAACCUCACACGUGCCAGAGGUAGUUUGGAAAACCUUCUGAAGGACGAUUUAACAACGAAUGAUGAUUUUAAAAGUCGUUCAACUUCAGCAACUGGCGGAACGGUACAAAAAAACGUACCUGAAUCACCGAAAUCGUCACCUGAUACUUCCAAAGGUGCUGCAAAACAUUUAAUAUGGGAUCCAUUCGAUAAAAAAGGUAGAAAAAAUAGAAAAGAACAGGGUAGGAAAAAGAAAAAUAAAAAACAUAAUAUGGAACAACCCAAACAAGAAUGUUCCACCAUGCCAGUAGAAGGAAAGUCAUGUUUGGUAAAGCCACCCGAGGAAAAGGAAAACACAGAUGAGACCGAAACAGUAGAAGAAGAAUAUACUACAUAUAAAUACAAAUAUUUUCCAAAAAAUAGUAAAUCUGUUGUCUUUACAAAUGAAGUGUUUGUGGUGUACUUUAAUGACAAUGAUGUUUAUGAGUCUAAAGAACCUUUAAAAAAGGACGUUGAACAACAGGAAAGAAAUAAAGAAAUGAGGCAAGGCCAUCUGCUUCGAACCCAAGAAAAAUAUAACCUAUGUCUUUAUUAAAUUAUUGUUUGGCGUCUACUUUGAAUAUAAAUACUAAAUU